GAUUGGCCAGGUCGCAGUGAGCCAGAGCUGUGGCAAAUUGAGGCUGGGUCCAUCCCGCGCAGAGGCACAGCCGCAGGACGAGGCAGUGGAGAGGCUGUGCCAAAUGGCAGCACAGCUGCAGCACCUGGCAGCAGCGAGGCGCCAGAGGCGGGGCCGCACCAAAUGACAGGAGAGGCCAAGUUGGGCCAGAGCUGCUGGACCCCGGUUGGGGCAAGGCAGAGCCACUGGACCCGGCUGCACCGAAGGGGCAGAGAGGCUGGACCGCGGCAAAAACAAGGAAAGCCUGGGCCUGGGCGAGGAAGAGCCCAUGGAUCCAUCUCGGGGAGAGGCCAGUCUGUGGCAACAAGGAUGGGAGGCCGGAUCUGGGCCGUGGCAAGAUGGAGGAGCCAGAGAGUCAGGAACCCUAGCUGGGCUAGACAUAGCAGAGCACAGGGGAUUUCCAUCUGGGGAAGCAGACUUCAUUGCCCUAUGCAAUGCUUUACGAGUAACAGACAGUGUGAGAGCAACUGCUUGGACCAUCUAUGAAAAGGUGUCGUCUAUGAAUGGCGUAUUAGUAGAUUGCCAUCUGAAAAAAGAAUUGUGGGGGAUCUGUAUUUUUACAGCAGCAGUUGACCUGGAUGAGAUGACAUUCACUUUUACAGAGCUUUUGAAAUCUCUAAAUAUUAGUGUGUGCAAAUUUGUGCACCUGAUUAAAGAAAUGGAUGUCAACAUGGACACCAUUAGUACUAAAGUGGAUAGUACUAUAUCCCGCCUGAAGAAAAAAUACGAUAUACUGUUUGCACUCUACCAGAAGUUUGAAAGGACUUGUGGACUUAUCUAUGUUGACCAGUCUAGUUAUCAAACUUCUGAACUAAGUUCUUCAUUAGUUCUAAAAUUAUGUUGGAUCAUGUUUCUUCUGGCAAAAGGGAAAGUAUUACAGAUGGAAGAUGAUCUGGUUAUCUCCUUCCAGUUACUGCUUUGUGUUCUUGAUUACUUUAUCAAACUAUUGCCUCCUGCUGUACUCAAGGAACCAUACAGAUCUGUGAGUACAGUGUCUGCCAAUGGCUCAACUCGAACAUGCAGGCGAGGUCAGAGCAAGACCGUGCGUACAACAAAAACAGACACAGAGAUAAAAGUUAUUGAAGAACUUUGUAAAGAACAUGAUUGUAAUUUGGAUGAGGUGAAAAACGUUUACUAUUCUACUUUUAUUCCAUUCCUGAAUUCUGUGGGUUUUACAGCUGUCAAUGGGCUUCCAGAGGUUGAGAAUAUAUCAAGCAAAUAUGAAGAAAUGUAUCUGAAAAACAAGGAUAUUGAUGCCAGAUUAUUUCUGGAAAAAGAUGGAACUUUACAAUACGAUCACAUGGAAUGCUUGCAGCUGGAGAGAACACCAACAAAAAAUAGCUCAAGUGAAGAUUCUCCUGUUGUACUUCCACAAACCCCUGUUCGGGCUGCCAUGAACACCAUCCAACAAUUAAUGAUGAUUUUAAACUCUGCAAGUGAUAAGCCAUCGGACAAGCUUAUGUCCUAUUUUAAUAACUGCACAGUGAAUCCUAUGGAAGACAUACUUGAGAGAGUAGAAAAACUUGGUUGUAUCUUCAAAGAGAAAUUUGCAGAAGCAGUUGGACAAGGAUGUGCUGAAAUUGGGUCACAGAGGUAUAGGCUUGGGGUGCGGUUAUACUACAGAGUGAUGGAAUCCAUCUUACAAUCGGAAGAGAAACGCCUGUCAGUUCACAAUUUUAGCAAACUUUUGAAUAUCAACAUCUUCCAUACAUCUCUGCUGGCCUGUGCUCUUGAAGUUGUCAUGGCUACAUAUGGCAGAAAUACUUCCCAAAGUGGCAGUGUGAAUAUGGAAACAGACUUGUCUUUUCCAUGGAUUAUCAACAUACUUGACUUGAAAGCUUUUGACUUAUUCCAGGCUAUUGAAAGCUUCAUUAAAGCAGAACCAAACCUGACAAGAGAGAUGAUAAAACAUCUAGAAUGCUGUGAACAUCAUAUUAUGGGGUCUCUUGCAUGGCAAUCGGAUUCACCAUUAUUUGAGCGUAUAAAACAGUGGAAGGAGAGAGAUGGGCAGGCUGAUCAGACUGAUCCUACCAAUGGUUUUACCCAGCCACCUCAGCAUAAUCACACUGCUGCAGACCUGUAUCUUUCUCCAACAAAAUCUCCUAAGAGAAAAGCUUCAUCUGCUUCUAUGCAUUCCCCUCUAAAUCCAAAUGCUCAGUCUAGUUUGGUCAAUCAGCCUGUCAAACAGAAAUCUACCUCCCUCUCAUUGUUCAACAGAAAAGUAUUCUGGUUGGCUUAUAUGCGGUUGAACAACUUAUGUUCACGUCUUCUGCCUGACCAUCCUGAACUAGAACGUUUAAUCUGGACCCUUUUUCAACACACAUUACAAAAUGAAUAUGAACUUAUGAAAGACAGGCACUUAGACCAGAUAAUGAUGUGUUCCAUGUAUGCCAUAUGUAAGGUGAAGAACAUUGAUCUCAGGUUUAAAACAAUUGUGACAGCAUAUAAGGAACUCACUAAUGCAAACCAAGAGACUUUCAAGCGUGUGUUGAUCACAGAAGGACAAUAUGAUUCCAUUAUAGUCUUUUACAACUUGGUGUUUAUGCAGAGACUGAAAACUAACAUUUUGCAAUAUGCGUCCAAUAGGCCUCCAACAUUAUCACCCAUACCACACAUUCCUCAGAGCCCUUACAAGUUUUCCAAUUCUCCUUUACGUGUUCCUGCGGGAAAUAACAUCUACAUCUCACCUUUGAAGAGUCCCUACAAAUUCUCUGAAGGGCUAUUGUCACCCUCCAAAAUGACACCAGGAUCAAGAAUAUUGGUGUCAAUUGGUGAAUCCUUUGGGACUUCUGAAAAGUUUCAGAAGAUAAACCAGAUGGUGUGUAACAGUGAUCGUCAUCUGAAACGUGGUGCUGAAGUAAGCACAGCCCCCAAGCCUUUGAAGAGAUUGCGUUUUGAUAUAGAAGGUCAGGAUGAAGCAGAUGGAAGGGAACACCUCUCAGGAGAAUCCAAGUUUCAACAAAAGCUUGCAGAAAUGACAUCUACUCGAACCAGAAUGCAAAACCAGAAACUGCAUGAUGGAACAGAUGUUUCAACCACUGAACAAAAGUGACCUUCCCUUUAGACCACAUUAUGUGCACUAUAUACUUUGCUAACCUUUACUGUACCCUUGACAUCCAAAAUUUAGCUUAUCCAGUGGUGAAUUUCAAUAGUUGAGCUUUUGAACUUUUGUGUUUUCAGUGUUUUAUGGUAUACGAUGCAGCAUGUAUGCAAUAUUAGCCACUUAAUUUAUAUCUUUUUUUAGGGUUUUACGUGAAAAUUGCUUUAUUUCUGAAUGCAAAAUGGUUUGAUACCAUUUUAUUCUACUUAUACUUAACUCCAAUGUCUUUAAAGAAAAAAGACUCUUGAAGUUUAAGUAGAAUUAGUUAAAAUGCACUAGUUUUUUGUUAAUUUCAUUUUAAUAUUAGAGAUGCACUAUAUAUACUUUAGGAUUAGAAACCAAAUACUAUAGCCUCUUUUAAAAAAAAAUGCAGUUUCCACAUUUAUAGUCCAGACUCUGCCUACUGCCUGCAGGAAUGUGCUCUGCAAUGAUGGAUACACCUUAACUACGAGGGGUAAACUCAUUGUGUAGCCAUACUACUGAAAUAAAUCUCCUUUACCUUGUUAAUGUUGCCUUCCCCCGCUUUAAACAUUCCCCUCCCCCGCUGCAAACAUUCACUUAGAUUGCUCUUUUAAGUCCAUUACCCUGCAUUUUACCGACUCUUUUAGAAAACCAGAAUUGCACUUUUGUGUCCAUUAUGAACACAAACACACACACACACUCUUUCUCUCUCUGCCAUGGUGUGUGAUGAUUUCGUACAGAUCAAUAAUUGGAUUGCAAACCCUGAAUAUGCAGUGAAAAGCAAACCCUGGAAUUUUACUAGCAAUAAGUUUUAUUUAAGACUGGUUAGAAAAACCAGUCUGGCUGAUGUUCGAACAACUUCAGGUAGUCCCAUCGAAAUUAAAAGGACCAGUUAGGCAAUGCUUAACAAUGCUUAAUUUCAAUGGGACUACUUGGAGUAAUUUUUUUUUGUCAGCCACCACCCAAUUUUAUUAUGACUUUGUAUUCAAGCAAACUGACAACUGUACAUUAGAAGAAUUCUAUAUACUAAUAGAUGUUGCUUUGAGGAUUAAUAAAAGUUUUUAAAAUAAA